GAUAGGAAGAGGAUCGUGGUUGACUCGUUUGAACGUGGCCAUGGUGAGCUGUAACAAGUGGCUUUUCCGGUGUGCGAAGUAAAAACACGCUCUACAUGCUAAACAACUGGAGCAGUGGAACUUCUACGACUAAACGGCAUUUUCAGGUGACGCGGUGAGCCUGGAAUUGGAAAAAGAUGCAUCAGAUUUUACUUUGGGCGUUGGUGGUCGCCCUAAUUGGCCAAGUGCAUUGCAAAUGUAGCCUAGCACCGAUUGUGGAUGACGAACGGUCGAUCGCCUACGCCUGUACGCAUGGCGACCUGAACGACCUCGACGAGAUAUCCACCGAGGCAGAAUGGAUAGAGUUUACGGUGUCCCGGUUCCACCAUAUACCUGGCAACGCGUUCUCGAGAUUCAAGAACCUUCGACGACUGUCCUUUUACAAUUGCCACGUGAACUUCAUCGAUCCAGACGCGUUUGCCGGUCUAAAUCGGCUCGAGUGGUUGAUAUUCCAUGGGACUAAAAUUCACGUGGCUAGGACCGCGUGGUUCCGUCCUUUAAUCGACUUGAGGAAACUGAUCUUGGACAGAUGCGGUUUGGUGCACAUCGAGCCUGAUGUUUUUCGCCUGCUACCCAGAAUCGAAACUCUUGGCCUGCGGGAUAACGAUCUUGACUGUUUACCGAUCGAGGAGCUUUCGUAUCUGCGCGCGCUCAGGACCGUACGCAUCGAUGGGAACCCCUGGCUCUGCGAAUGUCGGCAAAGAUUAGACGAAUACUUCGGAUCUCGUUCUAUCGUUCAGGAAGUACAAUGUUUGAGGGAGAUGAACGUUUGCAGAAAAUACCAAUGCAUGACGCCAAUUGGAUUUCCUGUCGUUCCCUCCUCGUUAACUACGCAACACUUGAACAAUUUCGAUAGGGACCGACUGACGAAUCGUGGCAAUGAAUUUCAAACCAACGUUUUCACCUCCUUGGACAGACUUCCGGAUAAAACUACCUGGAUCGAGAUUUCCGGUUUGGUGAUAGAUCAGCUUCCAAGAUACGCGUUUUUCCGUUUUGGAAAUAGCUUGAGGAGUUUGGAAUUGAACAACUGUCGCAUCGGCGUUAUUGAAAAUGGCGCUUUCGCAGGGUUGCACAGGUUGCAACGCCUCUCGUUGGUCGGUAACCAUUUUUCCACAAUUGGUGCGUACUGGUUUCGGGAUCUCGUCAAUCUUCAACAAUUGAUCCUGGAAAGAAACGAUAUCGAACAGUUUGAAAGAAGCUCGUUGUCGCAUGUCGGCGACAGUUUACGGCAUCUUGAUAUACGAAAUAAUAGGUUGCGUUGCAUAGCUGUCGAGGAAUUAGCCGAAUUGAAGAAGCUGGAAAGAUUGGACGCAAUUGGUAAUCCUUGGCUCUGUAGCUGUCGUAAUAAUCUUCAAAACUUUCUGACAAGGAAAAAUAUCGGAUUCGAGAUUAACGCGGGACGAUGUUACGCGAACGAAAACGACAUUCCAGAUGUCAGCAGCGACUGGCCAUUGCAACAGACAACCGAAGGCUCUACAGUCAUUAAAGGAAAAGUACAUUGGACCUCCUUCGAAGACAGCAUUAAACGCUCAAAUAUUACAACUGUAAGGCCAACUCCGUCUACUCCGCCUGUAGAAAUUCAUACUGUGACUCCGCAACCACCUACUUACACCGGUGCGUGCUACCCUGAGAAAACUGACGGUCAAUCCAGAUCAAUUUACGCUUGUAGAGCUAUAACGUCGCUCGAGGAACUGGGUGCGAUACCGCCAACGGCACACACAAUCCGAGUUAUGUUGUCGAAUAUUAAGAAGAUUUCUGAGCACAGCUUUUCACGCUUCAACGGAUAUCUAUCAAGACUGGAGUUCAGAGACUGUGGUAUCGAGGAGAUCGAGCCUCGGGCUUUUUCCAAUCUUUACAAUCUCGAGUACUUGUCUCUGCGUGGUAAUCAGCUCGAAUCUAUCAACGCAGAAAUGCUUCAGGGUCUGUCCAACUUGAGAAGCCUGGAUCUAUCUCAUAACAAUAUUUACAGAAUCACGAAUGAUGUAUUCGAUCGUUUGCCGUACCUCACGAGCCUCGACAUCUCUGAAAAUUCCAUGAACUGCAUCGGCGUCGGGUACAUGGCCAAUCACUUGCAUUAUUUAUCGUCUCUACGUGUUUCCAGCAAUCCUUGGUCCUGUCUGUGCGGCACGAAAAUAGCAGAGUUCCUAAAUUCUCGAGGAAUUCGUUACGACAAGCAUUCGUUGCUGCUGAGGGAGGAUUGUUAUGCGACGCAGCUUCCAGAAACGACCGCCAUCCCUCCUGCGACGACCGUCAGCGUUCCCACCAGGAACGAGACCAUCGAAGGAAGCUGCACCAGCCAGGAGGAUGCGACAGGAAUUCGAUAUGUCUGUAGCGGUGGUAAUUUAUUGUUGUUGCAAUCCAUACCUCCCGAGGUAACCGUUAUUGAAUUCCACGAUGGUCAUCUUCCACGAUUACCAAGUGGCGUCUUCCAUAGAUUCACAAAUCUGAAGGAACUUGUGAUUAGAAAUUCUGGAUUAACCACCGUGGAACAGGGUGCCUUUAAUGGUAUGAACAAACUGGAGAAUUUAACCAUUCAGGACAACCCAUUGGAGAUGAUAGGAUCUUCCUGGUUUGUUUUGGAAAAUCUGGAGAGAUUAGAUUUACGGGGUAACUCGAUCAAGUACAUAGAACCUGGAACGUUUAGAAAUUUGAAUCGACUAACUUAUUUGAACCUCGAAGGCAAUGAUCUGAAAUGUAUUUUUACAAGCGACUUAAAUGACAUGCCUAAUGUGUACAUCGUCGAGUUCUCUGGAAAUCCUCUGAAGUGGAGGUGCCGAGUUGAAUUGGAACAAUUCCUCGAGGCACGAAAAAUAAUGUUUAUUAAACUUGAGAAUCCAUGCGAGGGUAAAAAACUUGUAAGGCAUCUUUUGCUGCAAAAUAAAACAGACGGUUCGUUUGAUUGUCCAUUCGAAUGUUCGACAGCUACUAACAUCGGUCAUUACUUAUUUGCUGUACUGCUGUUACCGUUUCUGAUAAUAUUCGUUCAUUAAUAGCAUUGAUAUAUUCAACACUUAACUAUGGUACAAUGAUACAUGUGUUCAUUUAAUAACUUUUUUUAAUGCUUAACAAUUGUAAUACACACAAGAUGAUUAACAAUUUGUUGUUGAAGGUGUAGGUAGCUGCCGAACCGAGAGGGACCAGCGAAGAAGAAGAAGAGUUUCCAAGUACAAUUUUAUUUCUGUAACUUAGUAAAUUACUUAGUGUUAUGUGCCAUAAUGUAUUUAACGAAUUAAUUUAUUUCGAUAGAUUUUAAUUUUUAAAGGUAUAUUUAUUUGAAAACAUUUACCAAAGAAAUUAUUUGAAAUUGAGAGUCUUCCAUGUUGAAGAAGCGAAAAAAUUAUUGAAAGCAGCUAUGUAAAAAGGACGUAAGUCCUUGAGGCAUUAAUUAACUUACGCUUAAAUAGAUGUGUUUAUUGAAUGUAUAAAUAAAUGACUUGUUAUAGUUUUA